AUUCUAAUUGUUUUCAUAUUGAAUUUGUGAUUGUGAAUAACUUUGCGAGAGAAAUGUUUAUGUCUUAUCAGAGAAUUUUGUUUUGGAUAAAAUUUUCAAAAAUAUUUAAUUUCUAAUAUUAUAAGCGACUGAAUUAUAAACAUAAUGGAAGUUCAGAUUGAAACUGCUGUUAGAGUUUGUCCUUUGGAAUAUAACAAUGGAGAAAUGGUCUGUGUUCAAACCAAUUCCAUUAAUAACACCAUUCAACUUAAUAAUCAAGUGUAUCCAGUAAAUUAUGCUUUGCCAACUAAUGCUUGUCAAAGCUCAAUCUUUUCUACAGCUGUUAUGCCAAUGGUAAAUCUUUUACUGGAAGGUUGUGAUGUUUCCAUAGUUACUUUUGGUCAAACUGGAACAGGAAAAAGUUAUACUCUAUUUGGACCUGGUUUUCAUUUUGCAGCAAGUGAGGCCGAACACGGUAUAAUACCAAGAUUUAUAAGAGAAGUAUUCACCAAAGUUGGCCAAUAUAGAGAUAGAAGUUAUUCAAUUCAUAUAACUUGGUCUCAGAUUUUUGGGGAGACAGUUCAAGAUUUGAUAGGUGGUUCCAGUGUGGAGUGUAUGGGAAUUUUAGAUGCAUUUAGGCAUAUUCAGAUAGGCUUGUCCAAUUUGACACCAAAAGGGGCACAUUCAUUAUUUACCUUAACUUUGGAACAGCAGUGGGUGAUUGAUUCAACUGUUCAACAUAGGAUAGCCACAGCAAGUUUUGCAGAUCUCUCUGGCAGUGAAAAAGUAAUGGUAUAUGGUAGCAAUGGCAUCAUGCAAACUUUGCCUGUAGAUCCAGGAUUAAGAGCUCUUCAACAAUGUGUUGUAACAUUGUCUGAGCCUUAUGCUAAUCAAUUCAAUAUAGAACAUGUGCCUUUUAACCAAUCAGUGUUAACUACAUUACUAAGAGAUUCAUUUGGAGGACGUGCUAAGACUUUAGUAAUAUGUUGUAUAUCUCCUUUAAUUCAAGACUUUACGGAAACUUUGUACUCUCUACAAUUGGCACUUAGAUGUAGACUUAUAAAAAACUUUGUAACAGUCAAUUCUUAUGUUACAUAUGAAACAAUUCAGGAUAGUUUAGAUGUGUUUGGGUUGCAAUUUGCUGCCAACCAAUUAUUUAAAUUAGUUUCAAAUGCUGAAGAGCUAUUUCAAAAGCUGGUACUAAAUGGUGGCCUAAAUCAAACUGAAGUGGACCAGAUUUCACAAUGGUUAACUUUAAAACAAGAAUGCGAGGAAUGCCUAAGUGAAAAUUCAGAACCACAUAGAUCUUUAGAAAGAAUUGAAGAGGAAAUUGAAGAUAGUUCUGAAAGUGUACUUAGUGAAAGCGAGAGUGUGCUUGAGGAAGAAGAAUCUCAAACUUUAUUUGAAAAAUUAGAUGGAUUAAUGGAUAAUUUUAGACUAGCCACAGAUCAUAUUAUUACAGAAUGUAACAAUACUGAUAACAGUAGUUCUGAUGAUACUAAAGAUACACCAAAUAGUUCCAGUAAUACUUACCAUUCAAAGGGAGCAAGAUGUAGAAGGGGUAGUGUUCAUUCUGUAGAUCUUUGGAGCAUAACAAAUUCUAUUAAAGUACCUGAGGAAGAUACUGUGCCAGAAGGUGACCCAAAAUCAAAUGAAUUAACCUAUGAGUCCAAGAAGAAAGUAUUAAAGCAAAUAAAUGCCGCUAUACAAGGGUAUCAAAAACAAACCAAUGAUUUAGAACAGACAAUCAAAGUGAAACAGAAUUUAAUGCAACAGUUGUUGCAGCAUAAAGAAACCCAAUCUCAUGCAUUCGUGAAAAUUGACCAAAAAUACCAAUUACUCAAGAAAGACUGCGAAAAUAUAGAGUCCAAAAUGUUACAAGCUCAAAGUCAAAAAAAUCAUUAUUUAGAAGAACAAUAUAAAUCAGAAUUGGAACAGCUAGAAACUAAAUUAAAUAAUGUCAAAAGUCUAAAAGAUCAUAUUGCUGAAGAAGGAAAAAAAUUAAUGGAGCUAAAAGGAAGUCUAGAAGCGUCAAAAAAGCAACUGGAAAAAUUAAAGAAGUACAAGAAAAAAGAGGAGAAAAGGAGGCAGAAUUAUGAGGUACAAAUUCGAGAUGAAGCUAGCAGAAUUAGUAAGUCUAAGGAUAGUUCGAGUAGUGAAAAGAAAAGUAAUGAAAGUUUACAAGAUAUGCAACUUGUUCUUUGUUCGAACAAAGUGACAAAUAAUUCAGAUAUUUGCAACUUGGCUGUGCCUGUUACUAGUGAAGAAUUGGAAUGUCUCAGACACGAAAUACGAAAUUUAAGAAAAACCAGAGAUUUCCUCUUAGACCAGAAACUCAAAAUGGAUAUAAAAUCACAAAAUAAAAAGAUAUUGAACGAAUUUGAAGAGCGAAAAUUAUUCCAAUACGAAGAAGCAAUCGAGGCCAUAGACUUGGCGAUUGAAUACAAAAACGAAAUUAUUUGCGGUCACAUUCCAGUCAGUGAGAGGGCACUAGAAAGAGUUGAAGAACAGGGAGACAAAUUGUUGAUGGAUAGACUUAUGAAAUUAAGCGAAAGUGAAAUGAGGGUGUUGUUACAUAAAUAUUUCCAAAAGGUCGUAGAUUUAAGAAGCAGUAGCAAGAAACUUGAACUGCAAGUAAUAGAAUUCGAAAAUCAGAACGAGAAUCUAGCAUGCCGCUUACAAAAUCUGAGCCACACUCUUCAGAAAGUGCGACUAGAAGGAGAACGAAGAAUGGUUUUAAUGCAACAGCAGCAUGAGGACAAGAUUCACAUAGUAUUAAGGCAUCUUGCGAACGAUGGUACAGCAGAUUCAGAUCAAGUAAUUCCUAGAGGCAUCGGAAGCAAAGUGAUACCAAGAACAGUCGGUAACGGUAGCAAGCAAGUUGGUAAAAGUAGUAGUUUGAUAACAAGAAUUACAAGUAUAGCUAGGCAUGAAAUUGUACCUAGACAGUUGCAAUCUGUGAUUCCAGCGCCACAGGCGAAGAUUACCAGACAAAAGAACAAGUUAAUAAUCCAGCAGACCACAAAAUAGAUGGAUAAUUUGCAAAAUUUGAUUUUGACAUUAACUAAGUAGAUGAAAUUUAAAUGAAAAUGAUAGUAGUAGGGGUCAGAUUUGUAUCGAUGAUUUUGGCUUGUAGAUGACGUAAAACGCCGUUUUAAGGAGAUUACUAUUGGAAUUUAAUCAGUAUUACUAAGAUAAUAAUCAUUAGAUUUGUUAAAGAAUAUAUUUUAGCUAGUACAGGAUUCCUAUAUUAGAGUAAAACGAAAAUUAAAACUCUUAAACUGAUGAAAAUAUAAAUCGGAAGUUAAGUUCAAGUAAGAUUCCGCCCAAAUCCGUAUUUUCUAAAGGUUGCAAAACAAAACAGACGACGAAUGCGCUGGCAUGGGGAUUUAUAAUUUGUAUCCACGUCAUAUCAAUUCGUCUAGGGGUAGGCAGAAAUCCCUUCUUAGCUAUUGUGUUUCUACAUUUUGUCCACAAUUCCUCCACAUUUUUCUUGUUCCUCAUACUAUUAUGUUUUUUAAGCUUGCAAAAUUUAUUAGCCUCAAUCCGUUAUCAUUUGACUCUUCAUGCAAGCUCUCACAUCCUACAUCGAUCAUAUUCUUUGUCUAAGGUGUCGUAGAAUUCAUCUUUUUCGUCGUCUUUCUUUCCUUCAGUGGGUGUGGGUACACACACUAUAGUUAAAGAAUUUUCCUUUAAGACGUAGAUAACGUAUUCUGUUGUUUAUGGGUUUAAAGUUAAGGUCUAAUUGCUUUGCUUUUUUACUGACCAGAAAAGCACUGCCAAACUCGUGUCGGGUACUAUGUCCGCUAUAGUAUAUAUUGUAGUCUUUUCCUAGUCCAUUUUAUCUCUUGAAUCGGUAUUACAUCGGCUUUCAUUUUAUCAAGUUUUUGUGUUAGCAAUUUAAGAGCGUCUGGGGCAUAAAGGGUUCGUACGUUCCAUGUGCAGAUCCGUAAAUCGUUAUUCCUUUGUCGUUUGCUAUGUCGUCGUAAAUUAAACAGUCCUCCUCUUUGUGCUUUCAUAACAAUAAGUUUUUUAAAGGAAGAGGUCGUUAAUCUUUUACCCAACCUCCUAAUAUUCGAAGGAUCGUUUCUCCCGCUUUCGUUUGCCCCGACUCUGCUUCCCACUGGGGUUUGUUACCAAAAUCUUCCACAGAGUUACACAAAUCUUCAGGUUACCGGGGUUCACCGCUUGGAGGUGAGAGUCAGAAUUGAGUAGGAGAGGCUAGUGAUGCAAGCAGGAUACAACGUCAUAUUUUCCGCAUCACUACCCCAUUUAAACCCCGGCAUUCUGAAGUAUUAAAAAAAUUUAGUCUCGUUAUCCAACAGAUGAGGUAAAAAUGUAACAAGCUCUGUUUCUUUGUUCUUUUUUUUUUCAAGCAUCCUGUACCCAAUAUUUAAAUUUAUUAUCAACGAUUUUUUUUGUAAUUAGAUCUUCAUCCAAAAAAAUAGCCACAACAGCUAAAUCACGGUUAUCGACAUCUUUCAACAUUACGCGCAGAGUACCUUCCAGGAUGGACUGACAAGUUAGACUAGUGUAAAAUCAGAAAUGAGUGGGAAGCAAGCCUGAAAUGUGGCUCAUUCUUUUUUAGACUACCGCACCUACCAGAUUUUCGGAGCAACAUUGGAUUGGAUUAUGAUCAGAACGCUGCAUGAUGGGUGUGCUAAGCCUUAAUGCACGGCAUUACAUUAUUUUGCUGUUCGGCCCAUCGUGCGCAUCUGCAAAUUGUAAAUUAAGUAAUAGUUUUUGAGACAGGGAGCUAAGUCCAUUGUAUAGCUUGGCAUAUCUUCGUUUUCCGUUAUGUGCAUUUUCAUGGUUUCAUUGAUAGGGAUAUUCGGAUAUAGUGAUAAAAAUCCAAACUGGCUACGAUAUCAUCUUGCUCUAAAUGUAGUUUUUAUAUUAUUUCAUUCAGGUGUUUUUAACUAGUAGUUGUUGGUUGGCAGCUAGAUGUUUUCCAGUUUGUUUACAUGGGAAUUAAAAGCACUAACUAUGGGUAUAAGUGGUGUAUUUUUAAUAAAGAGUACAGCUCAACACAUCUGCUGCAAUUGUAUCGGAGGAUAACGCUUUUUUAACUCUCUAGAGUAGCGGAUGUUACAAAUUAUUUGUUUAGUGGUCUUCUUUAAGUAUCUGAUCUGAUCUUCCUUUGUUAGGUUUUCUUGUUCGGAUUAUCUUAAAGAUUAUGCAUUUUGGUGUUGGCUUUUACCAGGCAUGUUUUUUAAGUAAGUACCGUUUUGCGAUUCCGCCGCCGCAGCGCUACGGUCGGCAUUCCGCCCAUGAGCGCUGGUUACCUACAUCUCUUGUCUACGCACUGACGCCAUUACAGUCUGAUUCUUCAUUGUAUACCUGUUUACUCCAGUGUUUAAGAUGUCUCCAACAAUCGUGAGUCACGCUGAUUGUGAAGUACGGGCUGUUAUACGAUUUCUUAGUGCUAAAGGCGUAAAACCGAUCGAUAUUCAUCGUGAGAUCGUUGAAGUUUACGGACAAAACAUUAUGAGUGAUGGAAUGGUAAGGAAAUGGGUGAGAGCAUUUAAAGAUGGCCGCACAAAUGUGCAUGAUGAAGAACGGAGUAGGCGUCCUUCGGUCGUUAAUGAAAAUUUGGUGCAGAAAGUGGACGAAAAGGUGAGAGAAAACAGACGAUUUACAAUUUCAUAAUUGUCCGACUGCUUUCCUCAGUAUUCUCGUCAUGGACGUAUAAAUACGUCCAUGAUUCUCGUAGUGUUUUGUAUCGCAUUGUUACCGAGAACUUGAAUUACCGGAAAUUGUGUUCACGUUGGGUUCCAAAAAUGUUGGAACCCAACGUUUAGGCAGUGCAUUGACUUUCCUUGAGCGGUACCACAGUGAACGUGAAAAUUUUUUAGACCAAAUUGUUACUGGUGACGAAACGUGGGUGGCCUACGUCACACCAGAAUCGAAACAACAAUCCAUGGAAUGGCAACAUUCAUCAUCACCCAAAAGAGUGAACUUUAAGCAAACAAUUUCUGCCCGGAAAAUCAUGUGCACAAUUUUUUGGGACAGAAAAGGAGUAUUGCUAGUGGAGUUUCUGCCUCGUAAUGAGACAAUCAAUACAGCGUCUUAUUGUGAGACAUUGAAAAAUCUGCGUCGUGCAAUCCAGAACAAAAGACGUGGCAAGUUGAGUAAGGGUAUCGUUUUGCUGCAUGACAAUGCUCGUCCACAUGUGGCUAAUCGACCAAAGAUCUCAUCAAAUCAUUUAAAUGGGAAACUCUAGAUCAUCCUCCAUACAGCCCUGAUCUGGCGCCCAGCGACUACCAUUUGUUCCAGCACUUGAAGAAACACCUGGGCGGUCAGCGUCUUUUAUCAGCGAAUUUUAUCAGGAGGGUUUUCUAAAACUGGUGCCACGUUAUGACAAGUGCCUCAAUAUUCACCGAAAUUAUGUAGAACAGUAGAUUAAGGUACAGGCUUUCAUGUAAAAAUAAAAUUAUUGCCGUAUCUUUGCACGUCUUUUUUAAUUCCAAAACGGUACUUACUUAAAAAAACGCCUCAUAUUUAAGAUAACUGUAGCUUCUCUGUGGUCAGUUGGGAUUACUAUGUACUUAUUAUUUUUUACGAAUUUCAAUACUCUUUUUCUGCGGAUAUAAUAUUAAUUUUUGAAAGUGUGACUUUUAUUAACAUUUUUGCUGCCUUAUCGACUUUCUUCUGCAGUUUUUUAACUGAAGUUGUAUAAGGCAGCUUCCAUACCUGCAACGAUAUUGUUGUUUGAUAUUUUUCUUGAGGUUAUAACAGCUGAAUAUUUAAAAAUUGUACUCAUAUGGGAUCCUGUAUUACAGCUAUAUUGCUCUCAUUUCAACGAAUUAUGGAGUAUGUCGUUCUUGGAUAACAUAAAUAGCAAGCGAAUAAGUAAGAUAUUAGGAGUUUCUGAGUAAGUUAAAAUAUUUACAUUUGAUUGUAUACUGAAUUUCGUAUGUACUUAUUAAUUCCAUAUUUAGUAUGGUAAGUUGGUACUGAGUUUUGAACAAGCACUGCAUUAGACAUUAUCGGUUAAAACUUUCGUGCAUUUAGAAUUUUUUUUUUGGUAAAAUAACAUAAUAUCAUUGCACUUAAAGUAGAUAUCAGAAAGAUGUAGGUUAUUUAGUUGCAUAUAUUUCAACAAAAACUAAAUCUUUUGCAAACAUCAUUUAACGAUAUACUCAUCUUGACUUAGAACUGGUUUUGUUCGUUAUACCAACAUUCAAAAUUUGCAGCAUUCUAACACUGGCAUGUUAGAUCGUUUAUUGGGUCUAAAUAGACUUGGUUCUAUUUGGACUCAAUAAACAGACAAAUAUUGGCAUUGCUUGUUCUUGAUUAGUUACUGAGUUACUGACAAUACUAUAGUCACUGGCCUAAGACUGAAAAAUGGGCAAAAUAAAAUGGUACAAUCAUUUUAAUUAAUUCUUAUAUUGCAUUGAUAAAAAUUCAGUAGAUAUACAUGAUUUUUUAUCGGAAAUGUAAAUAGGAAUAUUAAAACAGGCAAAAGAGGAAAUACGUUUUUUUAAUUGCCUGUCAUAUAAAGGUUUUUUUUAGAGGCAUAGAACUCUGAAAUGGAAUAAAACACAGAUGAUUUUUAUAAAUUGACAUGAAAUUGACUUAAGCUUUAUAAUUUAAAUAUGAUUUCUGGCAUAUGACCAUCAUGGCUCGCUCUGACGUAGUCUAAUCUGGAGGUCCAAUUUUCGAUCACUUUUCCAAUAUUUGUCGCCGUAUACCGCCAAUAAUGCGGGCUCUUUUGUCGUCCAAGUGGUCAAUCGUUUCAUGCUUAUCGGCUUAGACUAACACCUUUACAUAUCCCUAUAUAAAAUAGUCUAGCAGUGUUAAAUCGUGCAAUAUUGGAGGCCAAUUCACGGUUCGAAAUGUGAAACUAUGCGGUUACCGGACGUUUCCUUCAAUUAAUCAAUUGUUACACGAGCUUUAUGACAUGUUGGACCACAAUCCUCUUGUAGCAAAAUUCCAACGUCAUUUAAAAAAGAUACAAAAAAGCUACAUAGUGAUAAACUAAACAUACAAAAAUUAAAAUCAGAAGACGUCAAAGAAAAACUGAAACAAGAAAUUAAUGCAAACCGAGAAUUCACACCGGAAUUAAUUGAUGGUGGCAAUUUUUAAAAAAUGCAAUUAUCGAACCAAGUCGCAAAGAACACAACAACCAGAUGCAAGAAAGGAGAUUAGGUGACAGAAGAAAUCUUCUUCUGUCACCUAAUGAAGGAAGGAAGGAAAUGAUGGAGGACAGAAGAAGGCAAAAGAAUAUCAACAUAACUCAGUAUCAACAGCUGCACAAUCAAAUAAGAAGCAAAAUAAGAUAAGCUAAAUAGAUUUAAUUCACUGGAAAAUAUCAAGAAAUAGAAGACUUACAAAACAAAUAUGAUAACUUCAAUCUCCAUAAGAAAGUUAAAGAAUUAGCUGGGGUAGCAAAACAAAAAACCUCAAGCAUACUAGGUAUUGGACAAACAAGGAAACAUUUUAGUGGAGACGGAACAAAAAUUAGGAAGAUGGAAAGAAUAUAUAGAGGAAUUACUCUAUGAAUUACCAAGUGAAUUGCUAAAACUGGUCAAUGAAAAAACAUAGAUCUUUAAGUCCAACUACUGAACAAAAUCUAUUCCACAGGAAUCAUUCCACGUGAAAUGCUAACAUCAACAUUUAUUCGUCUACCAAAGAAAGUAAAUGCCAAAGAAUGUAGUGAUUAUCGAACGAUCAGUCUAAUAUCACAUACUGCUAAAAAUCAUCCAUAAUACAAUUCACGCUAAGCUGGAGAUGGAUAUUAGUGAUUCCCAGUUUGGAUUUCGGAAUGGAGUGAGCACAAGAGAGGCACUAUUUUCUUUUAACGUGCUGACCCAAAGAUGUUUGGAUGUUAAUCGAGAUCUUUAUGUAUGCUUUAUAAACUACAACAAAGCAUUCGAUAAAGUAAAACUUAACCGACUUAUAGAAGUACUCAAAAACAAGAAUCUGGAUGUGAGGGAUGUAACAUUGAUAUCAAAUUUAUACUACAGCCAACGAUCAAAUGUAAAAAUUGGAAGAGAAAUGGAGAUAAGGAGAUGGGUCAGGCAAGGUUGCAUACUGUCGCCGUUAUUGUUUAAUGUCUAUUCUGAAGAAAUCAUACAAGAAACUUUGUAUGAACUCAUUCAAAAUAAAUUUGUACAAUUUAAAAGCGUUGUUCGGGUGUCAAGUUUAUUUAUACUGAAAUGCCAAACCAACUUAACAUAAAUAACUUGACAGCUGUUAAAAUGGCCGACAGUUAACAAAGUGUUACCAACUUACAUUUCUAUACCUCUAAAAAACACCCUUUAUUUAUCGAAUCGAUUAAAUUAAUAUCCUUAUAAAACGUUAAGGUCAAUAAUAUGUAAAUUUUAUUUUUCACAAUAAAAAAAUAAAUGAAGCAUAUUCAUUAUAUACUUUAAUAACACAUUCCAAGUAGUAUAAACCAAAUGUACGUGAACAAUUCAAAUAAAACUACAGCUACACAAGCGUGCAUAUUAUAUCGCACAGUGGUUGUAAAAAUUUGAUUGUAGAGAGAUUAUACAGAUACGGAAAAAACUUAUGGUUAGUAUUACAAAAUUAGCGAGAGAUACCUAGCAUUAUGUUUUUUUUCACUUAUCAGACAGAGAUCAGAAUCACAUUUCCUCCUAGUCUCCCCAUUGAAACUCGAAUGUUUCCGAUCGAAUUUAACACUGUUUAAAAUAUCAUCCUGCGUUGCCAAGUGUACGAUAAUUAUUGUUUUAUACGAUAAUUUCAGUUGAUACUAGGAUUAUCCUCGUUUAAAAUAAUAUACAAACGUUGAAAUGAAAGCAAACAAAAUUAUGCUAUUGAAUAAAUUUUUCCAAAGCGAUAAACUAGUUAUAACAAAUUUGCACAACGAAAUAAUAACAAUGUAUAAAGAUCUAUUGCUUACUUACAUGUACUCACAAUAUCUGAGACAAAUUAAUGUUGAAACAAUUUAUCCCAAGAUAUUACAAAAUUUGUCAACAUUAACAACAUGUAUGUAAGAAUUCGGGUGACACAAAAUAUUAAUGAGUUAAAUGUUGAAGUAAAAAAAGAAACGAAUUUGGAAAUCCAGGGCAAGAUAUACUUUCUAAAUAAAACAGUUGCCAGUAUUUUACCACUAAUGUCAACAUUACUCCGAAUUUGUAAAGCUCAAGACAUACAAACGAUACAAAAGAUCGAUGACGAAUGGAGAAAACUUCAACAUUACUAGAAUAUUCCAAUAGAAUUCGAAAAUCUGGAUGAAUUAUACUUUAAAGUUGAUCAAAUAAAACAUUUUGACGGUAAUCUUCCAUUUACUGAUUUCAGUGACUUUGAAAUUUAAAUGCAUUUUCAAAAGUUUUAAUAAAAGCGAAGUGCAGGAACCGCUUGGUAACUGACUCUUUAUAUGGAUCCAUUUAUCACAAUCACUUCAUCUUCAUAAUGGUUGUCAAUUUUACACCGUCAAAAAUAAUGAUUCAAGUUGAGUUCAAAUUAACUGAAUAAUGAAUAUUUUUUACUUGUCAGUUUUUUUCUUUUAAAUAAUUUGUUUAUUUGUCUUCGUUUGUUUCUUUUACAAAAAAUUAAUAUAUUAUUUUUCUACUUUGUUGAUUUCUUGUUCAAUAGAAUAUGAGUAAGUACGAUAAUACGUACUAUAAAAUACGAUCGGCAUACGAUUUUCUGACUUCGAUGACCUGGCAACGCUGCUCAUACAGAAACAUUCUUCGAAACGAAUUGGUUCGGUGGGAUCCGCCCACUAGUAUCGUUUUAUAUAUGUUUCUCUCUAUUCAAUCCACCGUUGAAAGUCAUAUUCAUUAUAUUAUUUAUCUAUAUAAGAAAUGUAAUUUUAUUUUGUAGUAAAGAUGUAACGAGUUUGUGAAAGUAUUUGCUAACAAAAUAGUAAUGUAGCAAGCAUCGAUUUCUCUUGUUAUCAAAGAGAAUCAUUUAAAAACAUUUUUUAAGGAUAUUGAUUUAAUCUACAAUAAGCUGUUUAAAAAAGUUUAUAAUAUUUUUUGUGAUACUUUCGUUGUAAA